CGUCUGUCAUUAAUUCACUCAUUGGAAUAAACAAAUAGAUUUUCUAAUGUUCGUUUCUCCACGAGAUAUACCUCGACGUCGAUCGGUACGCUUUUAUAAAAAAAAACUCCGAUUUCAAUGAAAAAGUAACAUAAUUCGUGAGGUUACUUUAGAGUGACAUGUACGUUGAGUGAUAUUUUCAAGUAAAAAUUAUCGAGUUGAUUGUGCAGUGCUACGGCGCUAACCGAUGCGAGAGCUACGUUUUUUUGUUGACUAACGCGAGUAAUUGACAAUUAUGGAAAAAGAGGUGAUGGAGGUGAGCAGCGAAACUGCUCCAGCCGAAGAGAAUCAGGAGGCUAAAAAGGAACCCACGCCACAGGCUCCUUUGCCAAUAGUUAGGGUGCCCGUUAAACAUACCAACCUGGGCAUUAGAAGUCCUGCUAUGGACAUGAGCACCAUGGUAGAAUUGACGUCUUUCAGUAAUUUAGGCAAAAUCCAGCCUUUUCUUGUCACUAUUUCUGCAACUGCCGCUCUCCUCGUUGAUCUCCACUGUCAUCUUAUGGAUAAAGAAGUUUGUGGGUACUUGGGUGGAUAUUGGGACAUUAAUACGCACAAUUUGAGUAUACUUGGUGCUUAUCCCUGUCGCUAUGCCGGUAAGGACAAGUCAGCAGCUGCAGCAGUUGAAACAGAAAUAUCGAAAGCUAUGGAGUGGAAAAAAAUGACUCUAGUUGGAUGGUAUCACUCUCAUCCACGUUCACAUGCAUCUCCAUCCUUGAGGGACGUAGAUGCUCAGCUUGAUUAUCAAAUUAAAAUGAAGGGAGCUAGCGAUAAUGGCUAUACUCCCUGUGUUGGUCUCAUAUGUUCCCCUUACAAUACAGAUGUCCACUGUUACGAGUCAAAUUUUAAUGUAUUUUGGUCUAUGCCACCACCAGAAAAUAGGCCUCACGAAUACCCUAGGCCAAUGCUUCUUAGUUAUACUUUAACGCAAGAACAAUUUAUUUCACAAGAUGUUCUUGAAGAAAUCAAAAAGUGCAUUGAAUACUACAAGUUGGACGGCGGAAUCGAUUUUACCUCGAAAUUCAAUGAAAACGUCACUUACUUGGAGAGAUUAAAGAAUUCGCUAGCAGCCAAGCUUCCAGGCCGAAACAACCGAACAAACGACUCGUACUGGGAACUAAUCAAAGAAAUGGUUGCGCCGGGCUUCAAUGAUGGUACGGAACCUACGUUCACGAACAUGAAAUUCCCAUUGAUCAACGAUCCUGUCUCGCAAACCAUCAGCGCAGCUCCAGCAACUAACGUCUUCCUUACGCCAGUCAACUUCAAGCCGGAAAACUCCAUAUCGGCCGUUCAAAAGGCUUACGCUCUGCAGCAGCAAGCCGAGAAUGCUUCCGAGAACAACCACGUUAAGGAAACGAAUUCUUCGGCGAAAACUUCGCCUCAUCUAAUCAGCACACCGGAGAGCAUCCCAACCUUCCGUACCGGCGAAUUGACCGUGUCGCUCAAGAACUCGAAGAACGAUUACGACUACAGUCAUACGGACUUUACAAAAGUCGAAUCAAUGGGUAAGGGUCGAAACGACUACACGCUCGCCGAUCUAGCGCAGCCAAUGAAGUUCCCAGACCUCGCCAAACUAGCAAACUUCUCUCCAGCCGAGUUCGCCAAGCUCACCGAUUUUUCGCUGAACGACUUCACUAAAGCCGCUGCAGCCGCGACCUCGUCCGCAUACAUGCGCAACAUCGCAAACUUGUUUGGCGGCAGUCCACUGCUCGGUGGCAGCAAAGGCAUGUCAGAGCCACCCUUGCCUCCACCCCCGCCACCGCCGGAAAGAAACGACCGAAGAUCCGCGUCUAAUGACUAUCCGGAAAUAAUAGCGUUCAAGCCGCCAAACGCUUCCUCACCAGCUCCGAUAAAGGAGUCGAGGAACUCGUCAACCAUCAGUAUUUCCUCCGAAGAUUACUCCGUGCCGGAAAAGAAAUGCAAAAUUUCGCUAUCUGUGGCGGAAGCGAUGGAUACCUCGGAGGAUCUGUCGAUGUCCAGCUCAAAGACUGAUUAUGGCACUUCGUUGAAUAUGUCGACAAAGAGCAAGCAUCACCAGACAAUUGACUCCGGAGAGUCGCUCGAUUUGACGAAGGAGCGGCAAUAGCAGAGCUAAGUGAGCGCCAAAGUCCGACUUUACCGGCCCUUUGAUUUAUAAAUACACUGGCGUGGUUGCUUGUCGUUGAUCUGAACAUUUUGAUGAAUCGUUGAUUUGAAUGAAGGAGUAGCCAGUGAAGGAUGAGGAAUCACGUGGAAUCGCCGCACGUUGUGAAACAAGAAAUAUUUUAAUUGACGACCAAAGUGGAACUGAUAAUCAAUGAGCAAAGUUGUCAGAAUAACGACACACAUGUGCUGAUAAAUCAAAGUGUCGGUAAAAUUUGGACUGUAUAGCACUUCGGAUACAUCGAACCAAUGCCUAAAGUGAAAUUUUGAACUUUGUCCUGGGCAAAAACUCUUUCUCAACAUUUGUGUAUAUAAGUUUUUUUACAGACGAAUCAUCAACGCCUUCAACUUUUUCACAUUAGUGAAAACGUUCACAUUUUUUCUCUCAAGUCGGCAAAGAUAAGAGAAAUUUUAGUACUUAACUCAAUAAUUAAAUCGAACAAAUCGUUCCCUGUAUAGUAUAAAAUGAUCAAUUUUUUUAAUGCAAUGAUUUUUUAUUCAUUGUUUUUUUUUUUUCAAGUAUUAUUUUUUACCUCGGUGAAAUAGCACGUUAUUACGGCAGCUUAUUUUUUUUUAUUUCAUGACAUCUAACUAUUGUGAUACAAACCGUGUGGAUCUCUUUUUUUUUUCUCUUGAGGUAGAACAUCAUGAUCAACGAUAACUACUUUUAUUAUAGUAUUCAUGUUUUAAAACGUUAAAUUGAUAAUUUAAUUUUUUUGAUUUUCUGGUAAUUUUUGCCAAACGAUUCAAAACAUUAAUUCGAAUCAUAUUUCGCAACUUAAUAAAUAAAUACUAUAAGUAUGUACAAGUAUUACUUGAAUGUAAAUGAGACAAUUUGAACUGAAUUACAAGGUAACAGACGGAAAAUGUCCAAUAAGUCUUGUAAACAAUUUGUGAAAUAAUGAAAAUUAUUUCUCCCUAAUUGUAAAUAUAACACACACGUGUAAAAUGAUCAUGAACUUUGAAAAUAUGAUUAUUCAACAAUACUCAUUCUCAUGUGUGACAUGGAAAAUGAAAAAAAUUAGAAGCUCGUGUACACUUUGCGAAGUAUUUCUUAAAUUCCAAUUAAAAAAAAAAA